CACCUCUCGAGCAUAGUCGGCCUGCCCAGCCACCAUGAAGAUCAAUAUCGCUAACCCCAGCACUGGAUUGCAGAAGUGCAUCGAUAUCGAUGAUGACAAGAAGCUCUUGCCUUUCUUCGAUAAGCGUAUCUCCGCUGAGGUCCCUGGUGAAUCUCUUGGUGACGAGUUCCAAGGUUACAUCUUCCGUAUCUCCGGUGGUAACGAUAAGCAGGGUUUCCCUAUGAAGCAGGGUGUCCUGACCAACAACCGUGUCAGACUCCUUUUCCAGAAGGGUAUGUCUUGCUACCGCCCUCGUCGUGACGGUGAGCGCAAGCGCAAGUCCGUCCGUGGUUGCAUCGUCGGCCAGGACCUUUCUGUCCUCAACCUUGUCCUCGUCAAGAAGGGCGAUGCUGAGAUUGCCGGUUUGACCGACGACAGCAGGCCUCGUCGCCUCGGACCCAAGAGGGCCAACCACAUUCGCAAGCUCUUCGGUCUCACCAAGGAGGAUGAUAUCCGCAAGUUCGUUGUCCGCAGGGAUACUGGCCGCAAGACCAAGGCCCCCAAGAUCCAGCGUUUGAUCACUCCCCAGACCCUGCAGCGCAAGAGGCACAUCCGCAACACCACCAUCAAGAAGGUCCUCCAGUCGCGUGAGGAGGCUGCUAAGUACCAAGUCAGACUGGCUGAGUACCACAACGAGCAGCGUGCUAAGUGGGCCUCUGAGCUUGCCAAGAAGAAGGCGGUGAAGGCCAAGAGGGCUUAAGAAGCGGAUACACUAUUAUCACCACCUUUCGCAGGGGGAUGACGUUAUGCUUCUAACCUGGGCACGACACUG